UCUCGGGUGGAGUCUUCUGACAGCUGGUGCGCCUGUCCCGGGAACAUCCUCCUGGCCCCAAUCAUGGCUUGUGUGAGUGUGGGGACCCCACCCCAAGGUCCAGGGGACAGGGCAGGAGCUGAUGGCCAGAGGAGAGCUGGGCAGAUCGGGAGCAGGUUCUAGCCCCAGCUGUGUGGCCUGGAACCAGUGCCUUCUCUUUUCUGGACCUCAGUGGCCACAUCUGUAAAAUGGGGGGUCUGGUCGCCAGCAACCUGAAUCUCAAACCUGGAGAGUGCCUUCGAGUGCGAGGCGAGGUGGCCCCUGACGCCAAGAGCUUCGUGCUGAACCUGGGCAAAGACAGCAACAACCUGUGCCUGCACUUCAACCCUCGCUUCAACGCCCACGGCGACGCCAACACCAUAGUGUGCAACAGCAAGGACGGCGGGGCCUGGGGGACCGAGCAGCGGGAGGCUGCCUUUCCCUUCCAGCCUGGAAGUGUCGCAGAGGUGUGCAUCACCUUCGACCAGGCCGACCUGACCAUCAAGCUGCCAGAUGGAUACGAAUUCAAGUUCCCCAACCGCCUUAACUUGGAGGCCAUCAACUACAUGGCAGCUGAUGGUGACUUCAAGAUCAAGUGUGUGGCCUUUGACUGAAAUCAGCCAGUCCAUGGCCCCCAAUAAAGGCAGCUGCCUCUGCUCCCUCUGAA